AUACAAGAUAGAAACAAGUGAGGAUCAGCUAAGGAACUUCCUUCACAACAAACCACCAUGGCUGACGCUCAGGCACAAGAGCUGCGCAAGAAGCGUACCUUCAGGAAGUUCACCUACCGCGGGGUGGACCUCGACCAGCUCCUUGAUAUGAACAAUGAGCAGCUGGUAGAGUUGUUUCCCUGCCGUCAACGUCGUCGUUUUCAGCGUGGCUUGAAGCGUAAACACAUGGCUCUCCUGAAGAGACUUCGCAAGGCUAAGAAGGAAUGCCCUGCUCUUGAAAAACCUGCUGUUGUUAAGACACACUUACGUGACAUGAUCAUUGUGCCUGAGAUGGUGGGAUCUAUGGUUGGUGUAUACAACGGCAAAACCUUCAAUCAAGUUGAAAUUAAGCCAGAGAUGAUCAGUCAUUACUUAGCCGAGUUCUCCAUCACUUACAAGCCAGUCAAGCAUGGUAGGCCUGGUAUUGGUGCCACCCACAGCUCCAGGUUCAUCCCUCUCAAGUAAACUGUCAAUAAAGAAAUUAUGAUAA